CCCGGCUGCCCGCGACCGAAUCGUCCUUUCCACCGCAUCCGUGUAUAAAUAAUAGGAGGACACAAAACAAGGCGUGCACAACGACGCGACUCCCCCCGCGGACCACACGUCGGACUCCAACCGCUGCAGUGAAAUGCGCCACACGACAGUUUCCGCUUUCCUGAUGCUGGUCGUGGCCAGCGUCCAGGCCGCCCCCAAGCCCCUCGGCGCCGUGCCCGUCGGGGUCGCGGCGCCCUUACCCGUUGUCGCACAGGUCACCCGACCCGUGGCUCCCACGGGCUACAGCGGCCCUGUGGUCUAUGGGGGUUCUCCUGGAUAUGGGGGCGCCCCAGGCUACGGUGGCCCUCCCGGAUACGGGGGUAGUGCUGGGGGCUAUGGUGGUGCACCCGGUGGUGGCUUCGGCGGUCCCGGCGGCUACGGCGGCCAGGGAGGCUACGGCGGCCAGGGAGGCUUUGGAGGCCCUCCUGGCUACGGUGGCCCCGGAGGCUUCGGUGGUCAGGGAGGCUACGGCGGUCCCGGAGGCUUCGGCGGUCAAGGAGGCUACGGCGGUCCCGGAGGAUUCGGCAGUCAAGGAGGCUACGGAGGCCCGGGGGGCUACCCCGGCCAGGGAGGCUACGUGGGCGCAGGAGGCUACGGCGGUCAAGGAGGCUACGGCGGACAAGGCGGCUACGGCGGCCCCGGCGGCGGCUACUCGCAGCAAGGCUUCGGCCCCUCCGGCGUGGUCCCCGUGGGCGUGGCCGCCCCGCUGCCCGUGGUCUCCCUCAACAACGGACCCUACAGCCCGGUAGGCGCGGCGGGCCGCCAGCACCACGAGAGCGCCGUGCACGUAGCGGGCGUGGCGCACACGCACGUCCUGGUGCACCCAGCAGGUACUUACUCGCGGACAUUCUCUAACGCCCCGUGUGUCUCUUUGCCCCGCAGAGCCUGUAGCGCGGUCUGAACUCGGUCCCCGUCUGUGAUGUUGCCAGCGCCCGUGCACGCCGCCUACUACGCUGAGCAGCACGCCCAGCCGCACGCCGCCUACCACUCGCCACCCGCCUACGCUCCGGCCCACCCCUACCUCGGUUGAUUUUACCCAUACGGAGUAAAGGCGCCGAUCUCGUAGAUAUUUCAUGUGAUCUCCUUCAGCUGUCAUUCCAAAUUUUAAAAUACUUCCUGUCAAUAAAAAAAAACCAUGAAAACUAUGUUUUGUUGUUUGUUUGUUUUCCUUUAAUAAUUAAAACAACCUAGUAGUAACAACAAGUCGCACAACAAUUCACGUAAGGAAUAAAAGGCACUGCACUCACAUUUGCUUGCAGAAAUCACAACAGACAAUAUCUUUCUCACACACACUCAU